CGGGAACGGGCCCCGGGGCCCCCCCCGAUCCCUUCCGGUCCCGCCAUGGAGGACGAGCUCUACCUGGAGAACAUCGACGAGUUCGUCACCGACCAGAACCGCAUCGUCACGUACAAAUGGCUGAGUUACACCCUGGGGGUGCACGUCAACCAGGCUAAACAGAUGUUGUAUGAUUAUGUCGAAAGGAAACGAAAGGAGAAUUCSGGAGCUCAGCUUCACGUCACCUACUUCGUUGCAGGAAAUCUCAUUCAGAAUGGAUAUACUUGCCACAAGAUUGCAGUAGUGAGAGAGGAUAAACUGGAAGCAAUGAAGUCCAAACUCGCCACGCUCGCGAGCGUGCACGUCUACAGCGUCCAGAAAGCCUUGCUCAAGGACAGCGGGCCCCUCUACAACACGGAUUAUGAUAUUGUCAAAGCCAACCUGCACAACUGCAGCAAGGUGUCCUCAGCGAGCAGCAAGCCACCAGCAAAGGUCAACGUGAUGACCAACUUCUUUGGAAAAGCUGCCAUGAAUAAACUCAAAGUGAAUUCUGCACCGGAGCAGCCAAAGGAAGAGAAAGAAGUGGUGAAGCCUUCAAGUCCUGCUGCAGAACCAGAAUCAUCCUCCAGUGCUGCAGCAGAGAAACCUGGGAGGAAAACAGAGUCUGCUAAAAUUCAGCAAAAGGACAAAACAAGUAAAAUGAAGAGGAUGGACAAGUCAAGUGAUGAGGAGGAAAGAGAGCCCGAAAAUCUCAAGAAAAAGAGGAGGCGAAUCAAGCAGCUCCAGUCUGACAGCAGUGAUGACGAAGAUAUCCCACCACCUUCCACACCAGAGGAAGAGAAACCACUGUCUCCACCACCUGCACUGAAGACUGAAUUGGAGCCUGUACCCACUGAGGUUUCAGCUGGAGGGAAGAGGAGGAAACGGAAGCGUGUGCUGAAAUCCAAAAUGUUUAUUGAUGAAGAAGAAGGCUGCAUGGUGACCGAGAAGGUUUACGAGAGUGAAUCCUGCACAGACAGCGAGGAUGACUUUGCAAAGGCCAAGCCAGCAGCUGCUCCCAGGCCWCCCGCGCCCACCAUCAAGAGGGAACCAAAGGAGGAAAAGAAGAACCCAAAGAAGGGGGCAGCCACCGCCACCAAGGCCAACAAACAGGUCUCCAUCAUGGGUUUCUUCCAGAAGAAGUGAGCUGGGUCCUGCCCCUGCUCCCCUUGGCAGCUCGGAGGAGUUACUGGUUGGGCAGCUUUGAGAGCUGCAGCUUUGGAGGCAAAAACUUGCAAUCUUCUGUUACGUAAGACACUCUGCUUACUGUGUAAGUAAGCCCUUUGGACUGGAUUUUGUAUGGGAGAUGGUUUAUCUGUUAAUGCAACAAUUUGUACUAAGCCCUACAGAAACUUCCAGCUACAAUCAGAACSUAGAGGGACUCUUCAAAGACUGUUAAUCUAGUCACAUGAAAUUUUAUUUUUUUAAUACGGCCUUUUAUGUGUUCAGUGUUGAARGCCCCUUCCAUGUGUGGUGGAGGGGCUAACUUAGAACCCAAGUUGUGGCAUUUUUGGGGUUGUUUUGUUGCUUCCCCCCCCUUCCCCCCCCUUUUCUUUACACCUCCCAGCUGUCCAGGCUGAUCUAAACAUUCACACUGGUUAGAAGCUGUGACUGAACAGGUCUUCAGACACACACAAUUAUCAAACAUCUGCUUCAGCUUGAACUGAAUGAAAUGAACUUGAUUUUCCCCACAAGGCUGGUAAAUAGCUUUUGCUGCGCCUUUCAUAAUCUUUUUUUGGACAGAGCAGCGCACAUAAAACUUUCUUACCCUUUUCUUCGUUGAAUACAUCCUCUGUAAAAUACUCAAAUGCCUAAUUAUAGUCUGGGACACUGUUGGAGCUCUGUCUUUGCGAAAACACCACGAAGGCUUCCCACACAAUUGGCUCCAGUGUCAUGGGGGGAAGGUCUCCAAUGUUAUUGAGAAAGCAAUUGUGUCGUUAACCCUGAAGACUAAUGAGGCGUUAACCCUGAAGGCUAAUGAGUCAGAGGGAAGGGUGUUUAGAGGACCUUCCUGAUAACAGCAGUACCUGGUGUCCUUGGCCRCGGCCGCUUUCUGUUGGUGGUGGUUUUGGCUUGCAGGAAGUUUUUGCAGGCAUCAACCAGGCAACAGGAGGUGUUUUCUAGGACAUCUGGUCAUCUGCCUGUUGAAGGAAACAUCUGACAGCAAGUGGGGGUCGAAGAACUAUCAAAGACAAAUAAAGCAGUGCACUCAAGUAAACCAGACUCAUCAUCUUGGAUGCUUCUGGUUUUGGGUGCUCAUUUGAUGCAUAGAAGACCUGUUUGUCCAGAGGAUGGAUGCUCAGAGCAUCCAAAGUUGGGUCUGGGGAGGUCUCUCAGUUGGACAACUGGUGUCACCAGUGAAUGUUGCUAGGCCAACAGAUAAGUUGGUUUUGCUCAAGAAAGUGGUUUUGGUUGGUGCAAAGGUAGGUAAGGUGUGAAGCAAAGAGGAUUUAGCCU